CUGUCUUUCUGUAUUGCUGCUGUUAACGCAUUACUGGCUAAACGUACAGCUUUCGAACUUCCACCUGGAUCUGAGUUUAUUGUUGGAGAAAUCACAACCGGCUUCUCUUGCGAUGGUCUUCCCUCGGGCUAUUACGCUGAUGUUUCCAACGAUUGUAAGAUCUUCCACAUCUGUCAGACUCUCGCUAAUGGGGACCUAAGUGUCGGACAUUGGAGCUUCUUCUGUGGUAAUCAGACCAUCUUCAAUCAGAUGAGCUUUACAUGUGCUUUCCCAGAUGAAGCCGUACCUUGUAAUUACGCUCCUGAUUUCUACUAUCUCAAUAACAACAUUGGAGUCGAGAAAGCUCCCUUCUUAACUGAUGAAGACAUCGCUAGAGCUUAUGCAGUUAUCAGCAAACAAUAA